CAUUGAACUGCGACGCUGUGGAUUUUCCCUGAGACGGAGAAGAAAGCCUUACAUUUUACCUUAAGGUUUUGUCAGGAUUUAUUUACUGUAACGUGCACUGAACCUCACGUUAUUGAUAUAUUGCGACGGUCUAACCUGCUAUCAGGUUGCUCGUCGCAAUUGAUUGAUUUCCAGGUCGUGAAAAUCUGAACAUUUAAAAAAUCUCUUAAAUAUUAUAACUUAAGUUUAAAAAGACUUAAGUGGAAGGCGUUACCUCUCAGUUAGAUUAUCAUGUUUAAUAGCAUAGUUACCUUUUGUCGUAUUUAAUUGUAUGCACUUUUGAGGAUGUACUAGGGACCAGCAUACAGACAAUCAAUCUAUGUCUCUCUCCCAAAAAGAAAUGCCCCUACAACUUAUUGAAGGGAUGUCCAGCAGGAAGCGAAGACCUAACUGGACAGAUCAUGAGUGUCUUCUUCUUGCUCAGUUAAUGCAGGAGAAGAAAGAUAUAAUCAGAGGCAAGUGCAGCACUGGAAUUUCAAUACAGGAUAAAAGACAAGCCUGGGAGGAAAUAGCCCAAGCCAUCAACAAUGUCUUUCCACAGAUUCAGCGUACAGUAUCUGACUGUAACAAAAAGUGGGAAAAUCUGAUGGCAAAGUCUAGGGAGGAGAUAAAACGACAGAGGAGACAAGCAAUCACAGAAGGCCUGUCUCUUGAGCAGUUCAGUACUGUGACUCAGGUAGUCAUUUCUGUGAUGAACCUCUCAGACAUGCUGCAACAGGAUAAAGAAGACUCUUCAAUCUCAGAGUUGGUGGAAAGUCAACAAAACAACUGUGAUGACGAUGGAAAUGACGGCUCAAUAGAUGAAAGAUUCUGCAGAAAACAUCCACUGAGAGAGCUUGAGGUCCCUGCAUAUCCAGAUCCAUCCAAUUCUCCAGCAGAACAAAAAAUGACGGUUUUUGCGAACAUCCCAAAAUCACUUGCGGUGCAUUUUAGUACUCCUCGUGCUGCUUGUUUUGCUGCUUCUACAGAACACCUUGACACCCCCAGCUCUUCUUCUCCACCUUCAGUACACUGCACAACUUUGCAAGAGCGAUUGGAUUUGGAAAUGUCUGUGCUGAGAAGACAAGAGGCAGUGCUCAAGCUGCAGGAGGAAUAUUACACGCUAAAAAUUAAGAUGAUGAAAAAGAAAGUAGACGAUCCACUUUCAAAAGACUGAAGUAUCUGUAAAGAACGACCUGUUGCACCUCUGACUUGUGCCUGCUGUGAAAUAUGUACAAUUAUGUGAACAAUUUGUUUGUUUUUUGUGAUAACAUUUGUAUUAUUAUUUAAACUGAAGAGCUGUAGACGAACAAACAGCAAUGCAGCAGUGAAUAAAAGUAAUAAAAACAAAA